AUGCCUCCAAAAUGCCCUCCCCUCACUGAAGAACAAAAAGCAGCCAAGAAUCUUAAAAUGCGUGAAAAAAGGGCAGCUGAAUCGCCUGAAGUCAGAGAGAAGAGAUUGCUGGAAAAUCGAGAACGGAUUAAAGCAAAAAAACAAAGACUUGAUCCUGUAGAACAGCAAACGGCUCUAGAAGCACAUGCUGUACGUCAAAGAAAAGCCCGUGAAAUCCAAACUCCAGAAAAGGCAAGUGUUUCGCGCAUGAAAGAUAGAUUGCAACAUCAGAAUGUUCGCUGCAACCAAACAACAGAUGAAGCAGAUGAAAGACCAGAAGUUAACAGACAGCAAAUUAUUAGUUACGGAAGGGUUGAAAAUGAUGGAAAAAUAGAACAACUUCAAGAAGAGACUAGAGCAAUGAUGGAGCAGAUUUCCUUAGAAAGAGAGGAAUAUAACGAAGAAAUUCUGGAUCUACAACAAGCAAAUGAGGCUGAACACCACGCAGAAAUUGUUAUUGUAGAAACAGAAGAGGAGCGACAACAUCGAUUGGAAUAUCUUGCGCAAAAUCGUCGUAAUAGAGUAACUAAAACACACCAAGCCGCUCAGAAACCAUUACACAACGAAGAAUUGGUUCCCUUUCAUCACUGUGGGCAAAUGGACGAGGUUUGUCAUUACUGUGGCGCAAGACAUUUCAAAGGGGAGAAAAUGUCUGAACGAAAAUUCCGCAUUUGCUGUUCAAAAGGGAAGGUAAUUCUUCCUCCACCUAGAGAAUGUCCUGAAUUGCUUUACCAUCUCUUCACCAACAGCCAUCCGAAAUCUCCUCAUUUCUUGAAAAUGAUAAGAAAUUACAACAACGCUCUUGCCUUCGCAUCCAUGGGAGCACAAAUCGACAGUCCACCAGGUCGCGGCCCUUAUUGCUUUCGAAUUCACGGACAAAUAUAUCACGAUACAACAUCAGUUGAAUACCAACACGAAGACAGUGCUCCAAAAUACGCCCAACUGUAUUUCAUUGAUUCUUCUCAAGCAAACGAAUUUCGGGCCAGUAAUCCUGCCAACGUUCGCUGUGACCGUUUUCUUAUGGAACAGUUGGAUUCUCUUCUUCGUCAAUGUAAUCCCUAUGCUUCCAUGUAUAAGAAUAUGAGUCAAAUGGCAGCCGAGGAGGAUCUUCUUGCCGAAAUAGAGGGUAGAAGAUCCUUGGAAAUUGGAAUGAUUAUCCGCAAUGAUCGUAGGACACAGGAUGAGAGGCAUUACAACAGCCCCACCGGAGAAGAAAUAGCAGUGGUUUUCAAAAGCAUUGAUGGGGCUCCACCCGAAAAUAGGGAUAUACGCGGCCACCUCUUGAUUCCACGAAGAGGAAAUCGGUUCAUUCGAAUCGACACUCAAAAACCAAUGUGCGAUCCCAUGACAUAUCCAUUACUCUUUCCUAAUGGAGACAAUGGCUGA